AACUGAGCCACCCAGGCGCCCCUGAGUUGCUUUUUUAGACAGCGUAGUCAGGGAAGACUUCUCUGAGGAGGUGGCAUUUGAGCUGCAACCUAAAGGGAAACGCACCCUAGGAAUAUUUGGAGGAAGAGCAUUCCAGACACAGGCAACACCAGGUGCAGAGACCCUGAAGUGAGAACAAGCUUGCAUGGAGCUGCAGGACCCAAAGAUGAACGGAGCCCUCCCUGCGGAUGCUCUGGGCUACAGGCAGGAACGCGAAGGCUUCCUGCCCAGCCAUCCUCCUGCUCCAGGGAGGAAGCCAAUCGAGUUCAUGGAUUUCGAGGGGAAGACAUCGUUUGGAAUGUCAGUGUUCAAUCUCAGCAACGCCAUCAUGGGCAGCGGCAUCCUGGGACUGGCCUAUGCCAUGGCCCACACAGGGGUCCUCUUCUUCUUGGCCCUGUUGCUAUGCAUUGCUCUUCUGUCUUCAUACUCCAUCCAUCUCCUGCUGACCUGUGCUGGCGUUGUAGGGAUCCGAGCCUAUGAGCAGCUGGGACAGAGGGCUCUGGGGCCCGCGGGGAAGGUAGUGGUGGCUGCGGUGAUCUGUCUGCACAAUGUUGGGGCCAUGUCCAGUUACCUGUUCAUCAUCAAAUCCGAACUCCCCCUGGUUAUCGGCACCUUCCUGGACAUGGACCCCGAGGGGGGCUGGUUCUUGAAGGGAAACCUCCUCAUCAUCAUUGUCAGUGUGUUAAUCAUCCUGCCACUGGCCCUCAUGAGACACUUGGGCUACCUGGGGUAUACCAGUGGUCUCUCUUUGACCUGUAUGCUGUUUUUCCUCAUUUCGGUCAUCUACAAGAAGUUCCAGCUUGGCUGUGCUGUAGGUCUCAAUGAGACAGCAGUGGAGAGCAAGAAUCCCCCGGGCCUUCCCAUCCAGGGACUCAACAGGAGCUGUGAGGCCCAGAUGUUCACCGUGGACUCGCAGAUGUUCUACACAGUGCCCAUAAUGGCUUUUGCCUUCGUCUGCCACCCUGAGGUGCUGCCCAUCUACACAGAGCUCUGCCGGCCCUCCAAGCACAGAAUGCAGGCCGUGGCCAACGUGUCCAUUGGGGCCAUGUUCUGCAUGUAUGGGCUCACAGCGACCUUUGGAUACCUCACCUUCUACAAUAGCGUGGAGGCGGAGAUGCUGCACAUGUAUAGCCAGCAGGACCUGCUCAUCCUCUGCGUGCGCCUGGCCGUGCUGCUUGCAGUGACUCUCACUGUGCCGGUCGUGCUGUUCCCUAUCCGCCGGGCCCUGCAGCAGCUGCUCUUCCCAAGCAGGGACUUCAGCUGGCCACGACAUGUGGCCAUUGCCCUGAUCCUGCUUGUCUUGGUCAAUGUUCUUGUCAUUUGCGUGCCGACCAUCCGGGAUAUCUUUGGGGUUAUUGGGUCCACCUCAGCCCCCAGCCUCAUCUUCAUCCUUCCUAGCAUCUUCUACCUCCGCAUUGUGCCAUCUGAGGUGGAGCCCCUGUACUCCUGGCCUAAGAUCCAGGCUCUGUGUUUUGGUCUCCUGGGGGUCCUCUUCAUGGCCAUCAGUCUAGGCUUUAUGUUUGCCAACUGGGCCACAGGCCAGAGCCAUGUGUCCGGACACUGACCUUGCCCUGCUCCGCCCUGGGCCCCUGUGCGCAUGCAUGUUCCCGUGCAUGUGGAGGAAGAUGGGGCCGCUCUCCAGGUCCCUCAAGCCUGGCGUGUGGAGAUGGCUGGUUCCCAUUAACAUGGCUCUUGGAGGUAGGGGGGCCACAGAGCUUGCAGAGUGGUCCGCUUCCUUCCUCCGCAGGGAUGCUGAGCUUGGAUCAUGGCCCUAAGCCCAACCCAACCCCGCGGGAGGAGACCAGGUCCUUGGGGAAUCCCCGCCCAGCCCAGUCCUUUCUGCCUCUCCUGGCAGAAGCUGUUUGUCAGGAUCACCCUCGAGCUAAAGGGGAAGAAUAAAGAUGCUGAAU